AUGGGUGUGCAAGGGCUGACUGGGUUUGUGCAGGGCAAGAAGAAUGGCUUGGGCGAGCGGGUGACGUUCAGGGCAGAGAGCAAAGACAGCGAGAAACACCCGCUGGUCGUGGACGGGCAUGCGCUCGUCUAUCACCUGGCGCGCAGAGCGCAUGUCGCAGACAUGCCCAUCGCCAACACAGACCGCUUCGAGAUGGUCGUGCUCGAGGAGGUGGGGGCCAUGGCAGCCUGCUUUUCACACGUCGUCGUUGUCAUGGACGGGCCAUCCCCAGCCUGGAAGAAGACCACGACGCAGGACCGACUCGUGCAGCAGGUGCGCCUGGCCAAGUACCUCUACGACAAGCUCGCGCAGCCGGGCUGGAAGAGCACCCAAUCCGGUGCUCGCCCCUACACCACCUUGCUGCCUCGAAGCUUGUUUGCGUACAUGACCCAUCUUCUCCUCGCCAACUUCCACCGCCGCAUCAGCCUUAUCCACUGCAUCGACGAAGGCGACGCCAUGAUCGCCGUGCUCGCCAAUGCCCUCGAUGGGUAUGCGCUCACCCUCGACUCGGACUUUUACAUCUACAACUCCAGGUACCUCCCGCUUUCCUCGUUCUGCGCCACGGACGAUGGCACCUCCAUCUCCGCCGUCGUCUUCGAUCAGCGUGCGCUGAUGCUACAGCUGGGACUGCAGUCACAGGCGCAGCUCUGCGUAUGGGCAACCCUCGUUGGCAACGACUACACACGGCACUUCAUCACCGCCGAUCACACGGGUGGCAGCUUUGGCGCAGCAGCCGAACUUGUCAACACCGCAACACGCGCCUACCACCGCAGCUACAUCUGCCGUGCGACAGCCACCAGCCCCAGCAGUAACAACUCUCCCACCGACCCCACGGUUCAUGCAGACAACGACCUUGCCUGUUGCAUUGCAGACCACGUGCUGUCUCGACUUCGAUCGCCGCUCUCCAAGGCAAACGCAAAGGCGUUCCGGUUCAGCGUUGCCCAGUACGCACAACAGCAAACCGCUGUAGCCGCCGCCCGGCAGCGAUGGCUGAGCGCGCAGAAGAAGCGGAGAGAGGGAGAGGGCCCAGAGGGGAGCAAGGGUGCAGGGAAGCAAGGGGAUGGUGGCAAUGGCGCUGACAAGCGUACUGUGCAACGUCAUCCUCAAGGCCAGCAAAGCCAGCAGGGGAAGAAGAACAAGAAGGGCAAGAAGCACAAGAAGCACAAGAACAAGAAAGGACCUCAGAAGCGAGGAAAGGGCAAUGAAGGAAGCCCGCGCCUCAUAUCGGGUGCUCUGUCGUCAGCGAAGGACACAAGCCCGGGCAUGUGGCUGGACGUGCCACUGCCAACAGGUUUGCUCCUUGCCCGCAACCCGACCUGGCGCCACAACAUCAUGCAGACCAGCCGUGCUGAUGGCGAGAUGGCUGCGGGUGCGGUGGUUGGUGAUGGUGGUGAUGAUGAUGAUGUCAGGUGUGAUGCACGCUCAAAGACGCGUGCUGGUGGCGGCGAUGGCUCGACUGCCGCUGCGAGGACGGACAGCGAGCAUGUCAACACCAAAGGUCAUGCAGCAACAACAGCUAUGCCGGCAACAACAACAACAACAACAACAACAGCUGCUGCAACAGCUACAGCGGCAACAAACCUCAUAUCUGUGCACCAGCGCCAUGCAUCGUGGCUCUCAUUUGCUGCUGGACAAGGGCAGCAACUGCAGGAUGCCGUGUGGCUAGUGCUGGCACGCUUCCUCUAUAACCACUACUUGCUCACAGGCAACCUACUUGCCUUGGUGCUGCUGCCGUGCUCCGUGUCCACGGCACGGCUCAAGCCAGUGCAUGGCAACUUACAGACAGCACAACACAUCACGCCAGGAGCAGUCGACGAUGAAGGUGGUGGUGAAGGAGGUGACGAUGGUGACAGAGUUGAUGGUGGUGACGAUGGCAUACGCCACGGUGAUGAUGGUGCAGCAUGUGGGAAUGGGGAUGGUGAAUGUCAUCACUCGCACAAGCAAGACAGCACUCCAGCGGGCUGCAGCCACACAGACAGCGACCGUUCAACAGCGCCACUUUCACGCCGCUAUGAGCUGCUUGUGCAGCUGGAGGGGCGGGCGGAGCCUGCCGUUGACAGCACCGUGGGAAUCGACGCAAACACCCUCGCCUGCUCCCUGCUUCAACACGCGGCCGCACAAGCCCUGACCUCUGCUCUUUCGUUAUUAUCGGCAGCAGGAGAAGCAUCAACAACAACAGCAACAACAACAACAGCAGCAGCGAAAGUGUCGCCGUCGUCAUCGUCUUCCGCAGUCAUGUUAACAUCAUCGCCACCUUCAAUGAAGACAGAGCAGCCAGCGCACACUCCCACAGCUCCCAAACCACGCACCCGUCCUUCCCCUCUCGAGGGCGUGACCAAGGUGUCGGUGACCACCACCUUCUAUGGAUGUGACGCCUCCCAGUGCCACCGCCGUGUUGGUAGCGCGGGCAGCAGCAGUGCCUCGUACCACGUACCCCACCAUGCACAGUACCGUCGUCGCACAACACAGCCCACGCCAAUACACACAACGCCGCACUUACAAGCACCAGCAUCGGACGCAUCAUUGGCGGGGAGUUAUGGACAAGACGUGGCGUUUCUCGUGCGCUUACGGGAUGCUGGGCUGCUGCUGCCAGCGCUGGCAGAUAUGCUGAGCCGGCAGUACUGCGACUUCCACACACAUGGACCCUGUCUACGGCAACAGCAGUCACAGCAACACAAACAACAGCCGCACCAGCACCAACGGCAGCGGCGUGAGCUGUCGGGCAGAGCAGCACUAUGGCACGCAUGUUGGACUGCAGGGGUGCUUGUUGCCGUGUUUGCGUCGCUUCACAACGCGGCGGCAGCACGGCACACGCGAACGCUAUCACGUCUACUGCAGGCAUUGCUGCUUUCGCAACAACAACAACAACAACAACAACAACAACAACAACAACAACAACAACAACAACAACAACAACAACAACAACAACAACAACAACAACAACUUGACAGCUCUGUUUAUGAUGCGGCUGUGGCGAGGGGCCGCAUGCUGUUCCAACAGAGGAGCUCUGAUGGCCUGGGCCAACAGCAGACAACAAGCAGCCCAGCGAGGAGUGGUGCUGGUGUUGGUGUCGGUGGUGAGUGCAGUGACGAGGAACACGCCACGACGCUGUUGCUUGAUGACCUGAGCAAGUGGCAGACGACCGUGCAGGCGUUUGCGGUCCUUGUCGCCGGUGUGCGCAAACUGCACAUGUGCACAGAGAACUCGAGUGCACCAUCAGCGCACGAUCGUGAUGAGUGUGGGCGUGUCUGUGAUGAUGAUGAUGACAACGACAACGAUGACGAUGAAAGCGAUGAUGAUGACGAUGCUGGUGUGUUGCAGCUGGCGUGGCUCUCCAGUCGUCUCUUUGACGCACACGCGUUUCGUGCAUUUGCAUGUGGUGACGUCAGCAAACCCGACACACGCACUGCAACUGAUGCACGUGGCUCGGCAUGCACACAAACGGAGUAUGCUGCGGUGUGGGGCGGCACAUGCGGAGCUGUUCUAGCACACGUGGCAACAGCUGCCCGAGAGAUGCUGCGACGGCAGCAGACGCAGACACAGGCACCACACAAUCACAGACAGCAGGGGGGAUGGUCACAGCAGCAGCAGCAGCGACCGAAGCACGGAAAGGGAAAGCAACGCGCAGCAGGGAGAGGUGGCAAGCACAGUGGUAACAAAACAAAGCAGUCGAAGAACAGCAGUGUCAGCAGUGCCCAGAACAGGUUUGCCGGGUUGGAGAUUUGAGAGCCGGCGUAUGUGUGUGCAUAAUGUGUGUGUGCGUGUGUGCGUGUGUGUAUGUGUAUGCGUGUGUGUGUGUGUGUGUGUG